AUGUUUCGAGGUCGCGGUGGUGGUGGUGGCGGCAGCGGCGGGGGUGGAUUUGGAAGAGGUGGAGGCGGUGGUGGAUUUCGUGGUGGAAGAGGUUUUCGCGGAGGUCGUGGAGGCGGUGGAUUUGAUAGGGGCGGAAGGGGGUACGACCAGGGUCCACCAGAAGAAGUAACAUCUUUGGGUCACUUUACAUGGACAGUCCAAGAUGAUCUUGUUGCCAAAGUAGACAUAGAACAAGUGCCUUUCUUUAAUGCUCCCAUUUAUACAGAAAAUAAACAGCAAGUUGGAAAAAUAGAUGAAAUAUUUGGUAACAUUAGAGAUUACUAUGUUUCUAUAAAGCUAUCGGAAAAUAUAAGAGCAUCUAGCUUCCAAAAGGAUGUAAAGCUUUUUAUAGAUCCUGCAAAAUUAUUACCUUUACAAAGGUUUUUGCCUAAACCUCCUGGAGAAAAUAAAAAAGGAGGUGGCAUUGGCGGUAGAGGAAUGAAGAGAGGUGGGGGUGGACGUGGUGGUCGUGUCGGAGGAGGUAGACCAUCGUUUGGACGUGGAGGUUUUGGUGGUAGAGGAGGCGGCGGAGGUCGCGGAGGAGGAGGUGGUGGAGGUCGCGGCGGUGGAGGAGGUUUUCGACGUAACGAUUCUAGUAGAGGUCGUGGAAGGGGAAAAUGGUAGAUAACUGAAAGUUUAAAUGAAUUUUUAUAUAAAGACAAUAUCGAGUAAUAAGAAUACAUUACUUUCAUUAAGAAGACAAAACUAUGAAUAAUCGUAUGUAUUAUUUUAAAGGCAAAUAUAAUUGAAGUAAUACUUGAUUUAUUUUCACCAAUAGUUUGUUAAAUAAUAUUUAUAAUUCAUGGUUCUGC